AGGUGUUCCUGGAAAAAAGUGCCUGCACUUCAGAGCUGAAGAAGGACAUGAGGAGUAAAAGGACCUGGGAUCUCACUGGUCAUAAUGAAACAGAUGUUGAAGGAUUUUUCAAAUCUGUUGUUAGUAGUGCUCUGUGACUACGUUCUCGGUGAAGUGGAGUAUCUCCUGUUGGAGCGCCCAGGUCAUGUAGCCUUCAGCAAUGACACAGUGUCUGUGGAAUAUCAGUACUAUAGUGGUGGUAAUGUGACAGCAGAGCAUCUGUCCGUCCUGCUGCUGGAUGCCAGCACCAAUGAGAUCAUUGCAAGGAAACAGCUUCCAGCAAAUCAGUCCCAAGGGAUGGUAGAGUUUGAGUGUUUCCAUUUCAAGAGUGCUGGGGACUUCUUGUUCAGAAUGAUCUCUCCCAGCGAUAACGGCAGUGCUGCCCAGUGGAGCAGAAGAAGCAUGUCCACCCUCCAUGUGGAAUGGCCUGUAUUUCACAUUGAUUUGAACAAGAGUUCAGAGGUGCUUGGGAGCUCCCUUCAGGUUGGACUUUUUACAAAUGAGCAGUUGUGUGCCAUGAAUGAGACAGUGAUUUCACUGGAUGUGAUAUUCACCAGCACCCUUUUUGAAUUUGGAAGAGUAAGCUCAGAUGAGACUCUGGGCAUUAGAACUAGUAAAGGAAUCCCCCUGUCAAGGUCCCAAUGGAUAGAGUUUGACUGUCCACCUAUUGGUCAAGAAACAUACAUCACUGUGUUACUGAAAUCGCUAGAAACACAUUCCAUCAUUGCCUCCAUAGGACCCAUAGAUCUCCUCCACAAAUUUGGAUACAGACUGGUUGUGGCACCAGAAGCAACGUGCAAAACUUUGAUUCAGGUUUUCGUAGUCUCUCCACCGUGCACUUCUAUCAGUGGAAAAAUUGCCGUCUAUAAAGAGGCUCUCAAGCAUCCUAGUCAAAGAACAACUUGGCUGUAUGAAAACACCCUUCACCCAGGAGACAACAGGACAGAAUUUAACUGCACUUUGUUUGAUGUGGGGAAGAACAAAUACUGCUUUGACCUCUUUAAUUUCUCAAACCGAAGCCAUUUCCCAACAAGGGUUAAGGAGUGUAUGAUGAUCCAAAGGAAUAUGGAAACGUGGAGCCCAUGGCAGCCGUGGAGCCCUUGCAGCGUCACCUGUGGGGACGGCGUCCGGGAGCGCUUCCGAGAGUGCCUCACCUCCUCGCCGGCAAAACCAGGCUGCGCUGGAUCACCAAGGGAGACUUCCUUGUGUUCGCUGGAGGAGUGUUUGUCUAUCAAGCCUUCCACCCCACCUUCUGUCCAGCCAGGAGAGGACCAGAAAGCAAACAACAUAGUUACCAUCACAGGUAUCUCCUUAUGCCUGUUCAUCAUCUUUGCCACCGUUCUCAUCACUCUCUGGAGGAAGCUCUGCAGAGCUCAGAAGUGCAGCACUGCCGUCCACCGAAACUCUGUCCAUUCCCCUGGCUUCCGUAAAAACUCCGAUGAAGAGAACAUUUGCCAAGGCAACAAGCAGCGGGACAGCUUCGCUGAAGUAGGGGAUGCCCCUGUUAACAUUCCUCUGACCUACAGGCGGAGCCUCCAGUUUGCCCAAGAAGAUGAGGCCUCUGGAAGUGAGAACUUUCAGCCAAAUGCCCAAAAAAUAAUCCCUCCGAUUUUCAGCUACCGCCUCGCACAGCAGCAGCUGAAAGAGAUGAAGAAGAAAGGCCUGACUGAGACCACCAAGGUGUACCACGUCUCUCAGAAUCCCCUCACGGACACAGUUGUUGGUGCCACCACAAUGCUUCCCCUGAGUGGGGAAAACCAAGAGGAGGCAGUGGCCAACAAAUUUAGGAUCAAAUCUCCGUUUCUGGACCAGCCAGCCAGCCAGCCCAGAUUCCCAGGGGAAAGCUCUCACCCUAGGCUGGAUUUUCCAUUCUCACAGGCCAAUCCAGCAAUGAGCCCUACCCAAACCUUGGUAAGAAGACCUCAUUUCAAGCACCAGGAUAACAGAGGAGACUUGCCCGAGAGGGGCUGUCACAGAAACCCACACUUUAGAAGAACAGCCAGUUUCCAUGAAACUAAAAAGGCCAGGCCUUUCAGAGAGAGAAGCAUGUCCACCCUCACCCCCCGACAGACUCCUCUCUACAACUCCAAGACCAGACCAUGGGACCAGGGUUUGGAGGACAGGACACGGCCAAAAUCGAGAAACGCUAAUCCAACUUGUGAAAAGCUGGACCAGCCCCACAGCGCUGUGCUGGGGUGUGAACCACAGGGCCAUGGUGCCAAGGGCCACCACAGGGCAGGUCCUCCGGUGAAGAAGCUGGACCCGAUCACUGACCGUCAGCCUGCUGGUCAGGAGAAGGCAGCUGAUAAACCUGAGCCCAACCGAAAUAAGAGGGGCCCUUCACCUAACCCCAGAGGUGCAUGGCGGAAGGAAACGGGCUCGGCUGGCAAAGAUAAUUCCCAAAGAGGUCUAAGUGUAAGCCCUGCGCAGUACCGAAAGGACAAGUGCCAGAGCUUCCCCUUGGACCCGGAGUUUGCCUUUUAUGAUAAUACUACUUUUGGCUUAACGGAGGCAGAGCAGCAGAUGAUCGACCUCCCUGGGUAUUUUGGCUCAAAUGAAGAGGAUGAAACAAGUACUUUAAGCAUUGAGAAGCUGGUGAUCUGA